AUGGAAAGGGCGCUGCUUUUGAAAAGGAAGAGCAGCAGGUUUACGUCCACUUUCGCGUCCAUUUCGUCGUUUUCCUCCAAAGCGCAACAACGAGAAGACGAAGAUGAAGCGCAGCGAGGACACCGGCUGGGAGGAACAAUAACGACGACGAGUGCGCUUCCUUCGCUUCGCUCGAGGAUGAAACACUUCGCGAAAAUCGUCCACCCGGAUAUUCUCGGACAACAUUUUCCAAGAGCGAACGCGAUGCACGAAUCAGAGGACAAAGAACGGAAAUACGUCUUGGAGAAUAACCAAAACGCGUUGGCGGAGUUGAACGCGGUGCUGGAUUCAAUCACGAAGGAGAAGAAGUUUCCCAAGACUGGAGUGAAGAGGCUGAAGUUUUAUUACGUCACGCGGGAAAGGUCCGACGUCGUCGAAAAGAGGAUGAUAAAGAAAGAAGGCGAAGGGAAGGAGGAGGAGGAGGACGAAGGCGAAAAGGAAGACGAACUCGUCUUGCGCGAGGCCAAAUUUACGCUGAAAACGAACGGCGGGGACUGUAGGAACGUGCUGAAGCAAAGUUUGCGGAAGUUGUUCGCGGAGGUUUUGGAGACGAGUACGAGUGAAGGCGGCGGCGGCGGUGGUAGUAGUAGUAGUAAUAAGAGGAGCGGGAAGAAAUCUAACAACAACUCUUUUUCUUCUUCUUCUUCUUGUUCUUCUUCUUUGGGCGAUUUUACGUGGGAAGCGUCGGAUUGGGCGAACGAAGGAACCGAAGAGGAGCAAGAGCGGGAGCGGUUUCAGGAGGAAAGGAAAAGGCAAACGGAGGAGUACGAGAGAAUGGUCGCGAAGAGGGAAAGAGAGGAGAGGAUAAACGGUAGCAGUAAUAGUAGCGAUAGUAAUAGCCGAGAAAAAAGCUCUUCUUCGCACGCGUCCGAAAAAGAGAUGAAACGAGAACAACGGCGACACGAAAAGUUACAACAAGAUUUGCGAAACAUGGACCCGUUGUUUGAAGGCAUCGCGUUUGUCCCGUGGUUGCCGGAAAACGAGGCUGGAAAAAGUAGAAAAUUAAGCGUCGCGAAAGAAGUCGUUCCAAAGUUGCAAAAGAACGGUUGGAAUUUGAAAAAAGAGAGCUUGAAAGAGGUGUGGCGAGGGCAAAGAGACCGGGCGGUUUUGUUAGAAGGUUUGGACGGAGCGAGUGCAGCGGCUAUGCACGCGAUAUUGAGGCACUCGGAAAUCGCGGAGAAGCAGUUAGGACCGCCGGUGAUGAAUAGCGCGGAUACGUUCGAGUGGUUCGAUUGA